GUGGUUUCAAAUUUCGAAGACACUCAACCUUGGAGUAAAACAUUUAAAAAAAAAAACAGUUCCUUCACCUGCCCUCGGAACAACAACAGAAAAGGAAUACGACGUGACUUCGUUUUAGGGGGGUGGUGUGAUGGUGGUGGUACUGCAGUGACCAGCGCUGGACAAUGGCAGGAAACACCAACACCGUGACAAGGAGCAUGGGCGAUGCGGGUCACAGUCUAGACGGGCUCUCGGACAGACCCCCUGACAAGCUUAUGCCAGGGGAGGGGAGUGAUGUCAAGAUCCUAAAGGUCUGCUUCAUCAGUAACAGCUUCAACCUGGGCAAGAACUUCAAGCUGGUCAAGUGUGAAAGCUCCUGGGCAAUCAGGGAUAUCAUCAACUCUAUCUUGACGAGUGGAAGGUUAGGCCCCAAUAUCACUUCCACAAGCUGCUACGGGCUGCGUCUAAAGCAUCUGAAAUCGGACAAGAUCCACUGGCUGCACCCUGACCUGACUGUGGGGGAUGUGGAGCAGAAGUACGAGUGCCUGCAUGUGGAAGCAGAAUGGAGGUACGACUUGAGAAUCCGAUACAUCCCAGAUAACUAUGCUGAGAAAUUCAAGACGGACAGAACCACAUUACUCUACUUCUAUCUGCAGGUCCGCUGUGACUACAUGCAGUACUGCGCUAGCAAAGUGAGUGACGGGAUGGCUUUGCAGCUGGGCUGCCUGGAGAUCAGGAGAUUUUGUAAAGACAUGAGUCCAAAUGCUCUAGAGAAGAAAUCCAACUAUGAACUCCUGGAGAAGGACGUGGGUCUUGAUCUGUUCUUUCCUAAACAGUUGCAGGACGGUUAUAAGGCCAAGCAGUUUCGAAAGAUGAUCCAGCAGACCUUCCAGCAGUAUUCCACCCUCAACGAGGAGCAGUGCAUCAUGAAGUUCUUUGAUACCUUCAGCAACUUCUCAAACUUCGACGAGGAGGUCUACCCUUGUGAACUGGCCCAAGGAUGGAGUAUCGCAGUGGACCUGGUCAUUGGAUCCAAAGGGAUUCUCCAGCGAUCCAGCAAAGAGGCCAAGCCCACUUGUUUAGCGGAGUUCCACCAGAUUAAAAGCAUCACGUAUUCUACACUGGACGAAGGAAAGACCAUGGUUCAUCUGGACAUAGCUGGAGCCAGACAGCCCUUGUCCAUUAAGACCUCCUCCUUGGCAAUAGCAGAGAACAUGGCUGACUUGAUUGACGGUUACUGUCGGUUACAGAGUGGAGAGGUUAGCUCCCUGAUUGUCAGACAGAAUAAAGACAAAGAUAAACGACUUUCUCUCCCUGGAAUCCCCACGUAUGUAAAUGAAGGCGACAGAAAUUCCAGAGAUUUUCAAAGACAAAGCUUUGGGUCUGAUAUUUAUGCAGAAAUACCAGAUGAAAUGUCAAAGUCUGUUAUAAAAUACGGCCUCUCCCGAGAUGAUAUAGUCCUGGGGAGGAUUCUAGGAGAAGGAUUCUUUGGAGAGGUGCACGAUGGGGUUUAUAAAACCAAAAAAGGGGAGAGGAUAUCGGUGGCCGUGAAGACGUGUAAGGACUGUUCUCCUGAUGUCAAGGAGAAGUUCAUGAGUGAAGCAGUCAUCAUGAAAACUCUGGACCACCCGCACAUAGUGAGGUUGAUAGGAAUCAUUGAAGAGGACCCAGUGUGGAUUGUCAUGGAACUUUACAAAUACGGAGAGCUUGGACACUACCUUGUUGAGAACAAGAAUGCGUUGAGGACUGUGACUCUCGUCCUCUACUCCCUGCAGAUCUGCAAAGCACUAGCCUACCUCGAGGGAGUUAACAUGGUGCACAGGGACAUUGCAGUAAGGAACAUUUUAGUUGCAGCCCCAGACUGUGUGAAGCUGGGGGAUUUCGGCUUGUCGCGGUAUUUGGAGGAAGAAGAGUAUUAUAAAGCCUCUGUAACCCGCCUGCCUAUCAAGUGGAUGGCUCCUGAAUCUAUCAACUUCAGGCGCUUCACCUCGGCCAGUGAUGUCUGGAUGUUUGCGGUGUGUAUGUGGGAGAUCAUGAGCACAGGGAAGCAGCCUUUCUUCUGGCUGGAGAACAAGGAUGUGAUCGCCCAACUGGAACAGGGGAUCCGACUCCCCAAACCUGAAGCAUGCCCCCCCACCCUGUACACCCUGAUGACCCGCUGCUGGACCUAUGACCCCAGAGAGAGGCUGAAGUUCACUGAGCUUGUCUGUAAACUCAGCGAUAUGCACCAGAUGGAAGUGGAGCAGGAUGAGGAAAGGAACCGGAGUCGAGUGAGAGGCACCAAGUUCCACGAGCCCAUGAUCACCAUCAGUGAGCCGCCGCCAAAGCCUUCAAGAAACAAACCCAUGCAGUUUGUCAACCCUGGACUCCAGGUGCAGCUGCCUGAAUCUCUGUGUGCCAGCUCACCCAUUCUUGCUAGCCCACCUGACUACCAGUCGAUGGUUGACUCAAACUAUGUUCCUCCGGUGCCGCGACACGACAUCUUCAGACGUUGCAGCAUGAGGGAAGCUGAUUUCACCUUCGAGCCCACCAGUAAAGAGGAUGCCCAGAGGCUGUGGGAGAUAGAGAAGGCCAAACUGCAGGCCACCCUGAAGAAGCAGAAGCAGGACAUGGUGGAGGACAACAAGUGGCUGGAGAAUAACGAGAAGCAGCUGCCAACAGACUCUGGAUAUGCUGAAUUUACCAGUCCCCCUGUGAAACCUCCACGAGUCACAGUGCAGCCCGCCCCCACUGCAGAGCUGGACCGCACGGAUGACCAGGUGUACCACAACGUCAUGGAGCUUGUGAAGGUGGUGGUGCAGCUGAAGAACGAGGUCAAAGAACUGCCACCCUCUGAGUACUUCAGCAUCGUAAAGACAGUGGGACAGACCCUCCGCAGCCUGAUCCACAGUGUGGAUGAGGUGUUGCCCGCUCUCCAUGCAUCCAUACGAACAGAGAUCGAAGGCACCCAGAAGCUGCUGAAUAAGGACAUGGCCGAGCUGAUUAGCAAGAUGAAGCUGGCACAGCAGAACGCCGACACCUCGCUCAGUGAAGAGUGCAAGCGUCAGAUGCUGGCUGCCGCCCACACGCUAGCCAUGGACUCGAAAAACCUGCUGGAUGCAGUGGACCAGGCGCGGGUCCGAGCCAUCGUAGCCAUGCCAGUUUCCUAGUGACAGACCCAGUCGGAGCGCACGUGACUCAGGACAAGGAAUCAUAGACUCGUAGGGUGGUGGAGGUUGGGUCGCAGCUCAUGAAGUGGAUGCAGGCAUUGUUGCUGGCACUGUUGUGUAAUAUUUUUUUAAUUAAAAAAAAAAAGAAAAAG